CUUGCCGUAAUGGAUGAGUACAAUGGGAAUUUGGUGGUUGUGGCAGAUGGUAACGUGGAACCUUGGCCUAAUGACUUGGUUCACCACACAAAAAUGAUGGAAACCCAUUACAAGGUCGGUGUUGAUAGCGAGUUCGGCGAGAUAGACCUUCCCGUUCCCACGCCAGAUGGUCUUACCAAAUUGGGGGAAACUGAGGGCAGUUAUUUGCAAUGGCCCAAAGAGUUGGUGUUGUUCGACGACGAGGAAAUGGUGACGCCGCCGCCAAAGAAGAAGGCUAAACCGCACCAUGGUAAAGGAAGUGAGAAAGGGAGCACCAAAGGUAGUUGUGUCCUUAAAAAGGGAUCUGGAUCAAAAAACAAAGAUACAUCAAAAAGUGAUAACCCCAUUGGUAGUAAAGUUGAUGGCCUUAGGGUGGAGUGUGAACUACUAUCUUACAUGAUGUCCAAUAUGCCUAAAUUUUCAUCAGCAUUAUCACAUCCUGCUUCAAUUUUCUCGUACAAAAAGGACACACUGACUUCUGUCAAAUCUCGUGAUAUCUCUGAGUUUCUCACGAAGGAUUUCGCCGGUAUUAAAGUACUUCAAGUUUAUAUGAUGUACUUGUAUCAUGAAUACAUAUGCCCCUUAAAGUUGUCUCAUAUUAACUUUUUGUGUCCCGAUGCAAUUUCUUGUGCCGCAAUGAAGAAGAAUCGUUUAAGCGUUAUUGACUAUAUAAAAGAUGCUUUUUUAAAUGAAAGGAAAAAGGAUGUGCAGUCAAAAUUCUUGUUGGCUCCCUACCAUGAAGGGAAUCAUUGGGUUCUUAUCGUCCUUGAUCUUGUCCUUGGCCUAGCAUACGUGUUUGAUUCGGCCACUCCUCCCCCUCCCGGGACACGGAAGUUAGAAGGGUUCAAUUGUAUACAAAUGGCAUAUAGAAUUUGUUGGACUAAUCUUUAAAAUGACAAACGGAAGAUUAAGUCACAAAAGUUACGAUUCAUACAGAUGAAGUGUGCUCAACAAGUUGAUGCAGUGGAAAUUGGUUAUUAUGUGAUGAAAUACAUGCAUGAUGUUGUCACAGUAUACAAUGAAUACAAGGAUAAUUUGUCUGAGGGUUAUGUACAAAGAGAAAUGCCAUAUUCUGAUGAGGAGUUAGAAGAAACUCGAGAACAAUGGGCAAAGUAUUUUAAGGACAACUAUUUGAUGGAUGCCGGCGAAUGAGUUUGUUGUGAUCUAGUAAUGUUAUGUUUUAUGUUUUUGUUAUGUGUUGGAUAUGAUGUUGGAUGCUACUUGGAGCAUAUAUAUAUGUAGUUGUUGGAACAUAUAUGUAUGUUAUGUCUUUUAUACAGGUCUUUAUAAAUUCCCGUUUU